AAUGGACAUUUUCCAUUAUUAUGUACUCAAUGUCUCUUCCUCCUGAAAAGCAAACCAAGCGACCUAAAGGCAAUCACGGGCUUGUAGCACAUGUCGCGGGCACUUUAUCGACAUUCAGCGCAGGAAGGAACGGUUCCCGAACGCGUCAGUGGGUGCAGAAGAAAGGAACCACAUCAACUGAUAAGCGACCUGUUACUAUCUUCACACAAGAUAUUGAUACUAUGCCCCAUCAUCAUCACCAUCAUCGUCACCACCACCGGGUACAGCGAAAGGCGAUAGCGACGUUAACGCUUUUCGAUAAACAUUGCUUCCCAGUUAGUCUACGUCUUCACCUCGUUCGGAUUGUUGUUGUGCAGCGAAUGUGAGUUGGUUUUUUGAGCUUGGCAUUUAUGCAGUGGGUUCCAGUUUCCUUCUUUCGUGAUUUGGGUCCUGAUUCGUAAAGGAUCGGAUUCGCUCAAACGGACAACUCGACCUGGACGUCGAGUGUGAAGCGUAGAUCAAAAACCACAUUGUUAGUAGACUUUAGUUUUGGAUCCCCAACGAUAAUACUCUGCUCCAUCGCGUUCACCGCUGCGUACACCUAUCUCUCUCGCUCAAUCGGGAAACCAAAAAAUGUUGAUCUUGUUUACCCACGUUCUGGAAUGGGCACUACGGGGAUAGGAUACUUAUGGCUGAUUGUUUGUCUGGGGUGGCUUCCGGCUUUCAACGGCACAACCACUUCGAGCACACUGCUCGCAGCAAUAGCCGACAACUUCACCGUAUGCGGUGAGACAUUUUGCCAUCCGGAAACUGAAGUGUGCCGUGAGGAGAGUUACUGCGAGUGUAAACCACACUUUGAAAAUGUAGGAUCAUUAGAAUGUUUCCCCUGCCCGGGUGAAGGACAACACUGCCGGGGUUGCUGUAUCAGCGAUGCACUUACCUGUUAUCGUGGUGUUUGUCAAAGGUGCUCGCUGGAUAGUAGUGGAAAUUGCAUCAGCCAGGAGUCACUGUUUUUCCUGACCGCUGCUCAAGUGGCACUUGCAACCGCUAUGGUACUUGGUGUGAUUUCCCUUAGCUUCCUGCUGUACAAAACUCUUCGCAAUCGUUUGAGACGCAACAAUCAGGUGCUGGAGAGCGAAUUCCGCCAAUCUGUCGUAAGCCGUGUGUCUUUAUCAUCGAUACAGCAGCGCGUCAUUCGGCGCUUACGCGAUCGGCCACCAAAGUACGAAACGAGGCACAACUAUGAGUACCAACAACGACAAACCGACCGACAGACGAGCCAGCAAAGCACAUCGACCGAGAACGUUUCACAGCACAAUCCCACACCGAUCGGUGGUCCGCCUCCAGCAUACGACGGAGAUACGCUUUCUCUAGCUGAAAACCCACCACCCUACACCCAAGACCAGUCCGAUGCACCGACCGGAGCUGGAAUUGCCGUUAUCGAUAUUCCUUCGUCCGAUGGAUCUGAUCAACCACAGCCGACCAAUGUUGCGAACGAUCGUAUUACGAGCGACGUCCAAGGAAUAGCGAAUCCUGCAUUCGAGCCCGAUAAACCUACCUCACCACAGUCACAGAUCAUACAGUCCCCCAGCACAGAUGAAGUUGACGGACGUCCCAAGGAUGGAUGUUAUGAUAUUCCCCUAGUCAGUAGCAACGAUAAGACGGUCUACAUGUAAGCCCAAACGUGUUGCUACGGUAACACAAAACGCAUUUUACCUAGGUACGCUGGGUGCUUUUUACAGAAACACUGUGCGGACUUAAGAAUUAUAAAAGGAAGCCAUCUGGCUUCCCUCGACGGCUCUAA